ACUUUUUUCUUCUCUUCCAAUCAGAUUUUGGAAAUAUUUUUUCCAUAUUGAUUAGUUAUGUCGCUUUUAUUGUUUACUCAAAGUUUUUUUUGUUAAAUUUUGUGUAAAAUCUUUUGGAAGGAAUUACUUUUGUAAAGUAGAAAACAAACGAAAACAAGUGCUUUGAGAAUUUGCAUUAAAUGUGAGAAUAAUGUGCUUUUUAUGCGAGCGCGAAUCCAAAGUGUAAAGUGAGUGUAGUGAGCAAGAAAAAAAAAUAAGGCAAAAGACGAAGAAGACGAACUGAAGCAAGCAAAAAAGAACAAAAAAAAAAAUAAAAUAAAACAGAAACGGCAGCGAUUGAUACAACAUCGCCAAACCACCACUACAGAUGUCCACAGGAGUGGGAGGUGGAGGGAGCAUAACGACAGAUCAUCAUAGCCGCCUGUAUUUCCUCAACUCACCCACGGCACCACUGUCCGCACGCGACCCCUUCUUAAUCAAACCCGAAUACCUCAAUUAUGAUAAUCCCAUGCAUCAUCUGUACCCAAGCAAUAGGGGGCUUAUAGACUACAACAAUUAUACGGUCACAGCAGCGGCAGCAGCAGCAAAUGCAGUGGCAGCCGCCUCCUCAGCGAACAACAGCACUAACAACAACGCCAACAGUAAUACAACAUCUGCCUCCGCCACCAAUACCAAUAACAAUUCCACCUCCGCUGCUGCCGCCGCUGCCAACACCACUGUAGUAGCAGCUGUAGCCCUUAAUCUAGAGAAUACCUUCCAGCAUCAGGCCCAGGUCCAGCAGCAGCAGUUGCAACAACAGACUAACGCCCACAAUACCAACAACAGUAACAACACCACAACCACAGCACAUCCGCUGCAUCAUACCCUCAGCACACCCACAACACAGUCAACACGAGCCCAAAAAGCCGCCCGUCGCCGCAGUAACGAAUCACCGGAGGCCCGCCAACGAAGACUGGAGCGAAACGCCGCCAGGAUGCGCGAGAAACGCGCCAAGGAAUCGGAAGCCGAGUAUCGCUUGCGUCUGGCCAAGAAUGCCGAGGCGAAUCGUAUACGACGUCAGAAUGAAAAUGAAGUACAAAGAACCUUAAGACUGAUGAAAAAUGCUGCUCGUCAACGAUUACGACGGGCCAGUGAAACGCCCGAGGAAAGAAAAAAGCGUUUGGCCAAAGCAGCUGAGCGUAUGCGUAUAGCGCGUGCCAAACAACCCAAAAUACCUAAGCCGCCUCUGGAGGAUCGUCUUAAGGGUUACUAAAGCAUGAAAGGAAUACGAAAAACGAAACGCGAAAGAGCCGCCAUCAAUGUCGCUAAGAAAGAAAGAAAAAAAGCGCCAACGCAAUUGCAACAAUAACAGCAGCAACAUCAACCUCAACAAUAUCAACAACAACAACGCCCAACAGUAAUUUGAACUUUUCUGCCCCCAUCCAUUGACAGCAAGCAAGCCUAGGAGCUUUGCGCUUCUUUCAAGACCCAGGGAGCUAGGCGCACUUCACUGUGCCGCAGUUAGUGCGAAAAGCGAAAAGGAAAACAGAGAGGGGGCGGGAAAGUUUAAAGGACUGUUAGACGUGGACCACGACGAUUACGACGACGGUGACGACAGCCAGGCAGCACAGCAAAACAUUACAUAUAUAUAUAUAUAUAGAAAUAUAUUUAACAAAAGUAAAGAAACAAUACCGCAAAGCAACAACAAACAUAAAACACACAAAAAUCUACACUCAGAGAACAAGAAAAACAAAACAAAACACCAGCACAUUAGCAAUAAUAGGCACCUCCACCACCCCAAACCCACACUUUUUUUCUUCUAUCCAACUAAUGCUUAAGUUUUGGAACUUCAUUUUUAAAUCGAACGAAAGAAAAAAAACGUUUCUUUUUUGUGAUCAAGGCGCUCCCGCUCCCUGUUUCCCAGCCAGAGAUGGAGGAAAACAAAUGUCAAGGCAGACACCUUUUCCUUUCAUGAAUGUCCUUCAAAAUUGAUUCCCAUUUUCGCAUAUUUAAAAUUUGGAAAAGAAAAUGUUCAUGUCUUUAAAAGGAGAGGCGUCUCCGCACACCUUUAGAUGUUUAGAAGAUACCACAUUUUCAUUGAUUGUGUGAAUUAAAAAUGUGUUUGGUUUUUAGUUUUGUUAAAGGCAAUAGAAGGCAAAGUUUUGUUUGUUUGUUUUAUUUUCUCAAAUUCAAGUCAAAACAAUUCCCAAAAUAUUUUGUGACCCAAGCGAAAGGCUUUCUCCCUUCAUUCUACCGGAGUACUUAAAUGGCUAGCAAACCGAAUAAGAUCUGAAAAGAGAUGUGGGUGAUGGGGGUACGUUAAUGAAGAUGAUAAUAAUAAUAUGAUGAUGAUCAGGAUCAGGAUGACAACAACAACAAUUGGAGCACAAUGAUGUUAUUAUGAAACAAAAUGCGUGUAAUAUUGAUAUGGUUUUAUUGUCGUUUUCGUUGACGAGCUGCAUCUUUCAUCAACCUUAAGGUUCAGAGUUUUUUCAACAUUUCAAGAAGAGAAGCCGUUUUUAUCCUGUACCACAAGACAUCCAUCCCCCACAAUAAUUACUAACAGGAAUAUUCAACAUCUAUGUAUUGUCAAAAAACAAUUUUCAACAAAAAAAAAAAAAAAAAAGAAAAACAAGUAACAACAAAGAUAAACUAAAUAUAAUAAGAAUUUUAACAAUAUUUUGAAUGUUCCCCCAACAAAAAUUUUCCAGAACAAAACAUAUGCCUAGUUAUUUUCCCUUUUGCAUUGUUUGUGAGGUUUCAAAAAAAGAAAAUCCAUCUUUCGUUGAAGCAUUGUCCUUACCAUAACUAUCAGUGAGUAAAAUUACAGUCUCUUAGGGAUCCAUUCAAUUUCAAAUAAUUGUUUUUUUAUUUUUUUUUUUUCUUAAAAGCUACCAGUGUCCUUUAUAUAUAUAUCUCAGUUUAUAAAUAAAGAAUAUUUAUUUUAAAUUUACCCCUAUACUUUAAGCUAGUGGCCUUUUCCUUUUUUUGUGUUUUAUACAAAUUCAAUAUUGGUUAGCUGUUAAGGAUGAGAGGAUAUGUAUGGCAUGAAAGAGAAUAUGUAUGGCAUACCGAUAUCGAAAUAGGUAUUUGUAAAGAAUUUUCAGUCUAUUUCUCAGCAACUCUCGUGAAGUGCAAGUUUUAGGGUAUCGUAUUUCAAUUUAAACACCUGAUACCGUUAAUGAAGAACUUUCUGGAAAAGUAUUUUUUAUGUUUUCUUUUUUUGUCAAAAAUAUAGAUUUAUUUUUGCCAUAACAAAAUAUUCCAAUAACUUCUGUUUUUGAGUCCACUUUUUGUAGAACCCGUAUAGGAAAAAGACAAAUAUAUCAGACAUUCAUAACAACCAGGUAGAGAGCGUCAAUGUGGAUUGAGUCUCUUUAGGUUCUAUAUUUGAAAGAAUUUUCUGAAAAAGUAUGUUUUAUGUUUUCUUUUUGUCAAAAAUACAGAUUUAUUUGCCAUAACAAAAUAUUCCUAUAAUUUCUGUUUUUUGGGAAUCGUUGUCUGGGGUCCUUUGAACCCAUAGAAGUCAUAAAGUUACAUUUUGUAGAACACAUAUCCAGGAAUAAGACAAAUGUAUCUGAUAUUCUUGAAUAGCGGGAAAAGAGGUUGUGUUUUUUUUUGAGUCACUUUAGAUUCCAUGUUUGAAAGUGCCCUAUAUUUUUCUACAUAUCAUUUUGAAUGUUUCCUAUAGAACCCUCUUGUCAUAACCCAUAUUUAAUAGGGAUGUUUUAUGGUCUUUAGUAAAAUCCAUAUAUUUUUAAACCCAGCAGAUCAAUAGUGGAAUUUUAUUUACUUGCCGUUGACUUAUGGAACAUUUUUCUAAAAUAUUGAAACAAAUAAUACAAUUUUUGGUUACAGAUAAUUGUCGUUACAGUGUUCCAACAUAACCACAAUUUCAAGAAUUUUUCGAAAAUGAGGUACGGAGCUACGCUUUAUUCACUUUAAGCAUGCAAUCCCUUGAAAGCUCGAUAUAAUCUAUUGCAUGGUACAAUUGAUUUUGAAAAUAUUUUGUUUUUAUUUUUCAAAACAGUAAAUACCUACACAAAAUUGUAGAAGUCGGGCACACUUAGAAAAAAAUGUAAUCAGCUGGUAGCUCUACCUUACCUUUUUAGUACCAUGAUCUAUUGUAGGCUAUAGCUUUUACUUCACUGCAAUAGAAUCGAGGAAAAUAUAUACUUUCAAAAUUAUUUUAAAAAUCGUUUUUUGUAGAAAAUUUCCCUUACACCUGAUUUCAGCAGAAGAUUUUGUGGAAUAUAUUGUGAAUAAGGCUUUUCAAGGGUACUGUUAUUUUAUUCAGGCCAUGUUACGGAAGACGUUGGGAAAAUCUUAUUUACCCCAGAUAAGGGGUAAAGGUGUGGGAAUUUAAAAUCUUUUCGGAAAACGAAUCUAAUGGUAAUCACCCCUUUUUAAUAUUGAUAAGAAAGAAAUAAAGGAGCUCUGCUAAUUCUUUUGAAUUCCUGCUUUCAGUACUUUGGUGCAAUGUUUGUGGCUUGCUAUCAAUCUGCGAUUCUGGCAAGUGGCAAAUGCAAAAAGCUACCAAACCAUAAAGUCAAGAAAGCCUUUUGGGGUAACUCCUUUUUAAAUUGAUCUCUAACCAUAGGAAAGUUUCAAAACAUUGCCUUCUAGCCUUUAAAAACAAAACUAAAACAAAUUUCCUUUUUUUGUAAUUUUAAUAAUUUUGAAAAUCAAACACACAAAAGCUAAAUGAAGAUAUAUAUAAAUCGAAAAAAUAGUUAUAAUAAUACAUAUAUACAUAUAAAAGAACUGUAGUUCGUAGCUGUAGUUAAAAUGCAUAAAAAUACAUAUUUAAAUAAAAUAAUAAAAAAAUGACAAAAAAAAAAACAAGAAAAUCAAUCACAAGAUUAUCACUUGGCGGUGAUAACUAAUAAUAAAAAAAAUAAAAUCAACCACACUAAGAUGAAAUAGAAAUCAAUAAGAAAUGGACAUAUUCAUACAAUUUAAAGAAAAAAUACAAAAAUUAAAAAAAAAAAAUAAAAAAACAACAGUAGUAGAGGUUGGAGAAAACAAAAACACAGUAAAUAUUUUGUAGCAGAGUAGAGCAAACAAAUAUUAUUAAGAUUAAAAAAAAAACAAAAUCUUAUAAUGAAAGGAAACAUAUAUAUACAUAAAUACUAACAUAUAUAUACAUACAUAAUAAUAGUAAUAAUAAUAAUAAAGGAAGAAUAACGCGCAAAGCUAGAACUUAAAGUAAUACUUUGCCUCAUCAAAAGAAAGGAAAAUCAUUAAUAAACAAAAAAAGAGAGAAAAUAAGUAAAUUACUAUUAACAAACAACAAAAGCAUUAACAUAUUAAACAAAAAUUAAUAAGAAAUCGUUUUAAGAUUAACAAAAUAAAAGUAUUUUUAUAACACAUGCAUUAUACAUGUAUGCUUACAAUUAUAUUUAAACAAGAAAUGAAAAGAAAAAAACACACAAUUUAAGAAAGAAAAUAUCACAAUAAAAAAAGUAAAUCAACCAAUAUGUAACAGAAACAACAACAACAAACAAUAUAACUGUAGCCGAAGCUACAAUAACAAUUUGCGUAUGUAAAUUUUUACAAGGAAACAACAACACCAACCAACCAUAUAAGACAUACAUACACACACACGCGCAUACACAUACAUUAACCAGUCAUUUACUCAACUCAAUCUAAACACUUUUUCCAGCAUCAUUAACACAUCCGGGCAUAUUCUUCAACUCCCCAAUCACCACACGUCAACAUCUAUUUCAGUAUCAACAAUUUAAGACAUUAAACUUUCUCCUCCCUCCAUUACACCUCAAACACACACACACACACACACAAAACCAAAACAAAUCCUUUUUUGCACAACCUUUUUUUGAUUUUGUGACAAAUAACAAGGACUGGAAACUUGGAGAAUGAAAAUAACAACAAUUGGGAAUCUAACAGACUAUAAUAAAAAAACAUAAAAAUUUUUAUACUUUUUUCAAAGAGUUACAUAUAAACCGAAAAACAAAAAGAUCUAGAAGAAGAAGAGAUGUAGAAGAAAUUAAUAUCUUAUAUAUACACACACAUUCAUACAUGCGUACAUACAUACAUAUAUAUAAGAAAUGAAUGAUGAUGAUACCUUAAGAUAAUAAAUAUCACAUAGAAAACAACCAGAUAAAAUCCUUACAAAAGAAAAAAAAAACAAAAUGUUACAUUUCUUCUUUAUGUUCAAUAGAAUGUUUUUCAAAAGAAAAAAAAAAAAGAAAACAACAAUAAAGCACAAAUUUUUAAAAACAAUUCAGGAGGGUAAGAGUUAGAGAGGACAUUUCCUCCUCCUUAAUUAGUAUGUAUUGAAAAAGUUCUGAUUUAGGAAUUUUUAAAAAUGACGUACCGGAAUUUUCUAUGGAAAAUAUUGCGAUCCAGAACAGUUUCUAUGGAAAACAUUGCGAUCCACAACAUUUUCUAUGGAAAGUAUUGUAUUUUCUAUAAAAUUUUCAAUGGAAAAUAUUGCGUUCCACAACAUUUCAAUGGAAAAUAUUGUGUUCCACAAAAAUAUCUAUGGAAAAUAUUGUGUUCCACAAAAAUUUCUAUGGAAAAUAUUGCGAUCCACAACAUUUUAUAUGGGAAAUAUUACGAUCCACAACAUUUUCUAUGGAUAAUAUUGUAUUUUCUAUGGAAAAUAUUGCGUUCCACAAUAUUUUCUAUGAAAAAUAUUGCGUUUCACAAUAUUUUCUAUGGAAAAUAUUGCGAUCCACAACAUUUUCAAUGGAACAUAUUGCGAUCUACAACAUUUUCUAGGGAAAAUAUUGCGAUCCACAACAUUUUCUAUGGAAAAUAUUGCGUUUCACAAUAUUUUCUAUGGAAAAUAUUGCGAUCCACAACAUUUUCUAUGAAUAACAUUGCGAUCCACAACAUUUUCUAUGGGAAAUAUUGCGGUCCACAACAUUUUCUAUGAAAAAUAAUGUGUUCCACAACAUUUUCUAGGGAAAAUAUUGCGAUCCACAACAUUUUCUAUGGAAAAUAUUGCGAUCCACAACAUUUUCUAUGGAAAAUAUUGCGAUCCACAACAUUUUCUAUUGAAAAUAUUGCGUUCCACAACAUUUUCUAUGGGAAAUAUUGCGUUCCACAAUAUUUUAUAUGGGAAAUAUUGCGUUCCACAAUAUUUUAUAUGCGAAAUAUUGCGUUCCACAACAUUUUCUAUGGGAAAUAUUGCGUUUCACAACAUUUCCGAUGGAAAAUAUUGCGUUUCACAACAUUUCCGAUGGAAAAUAUUGCGUUCCACAACAUUUUCUAUGGAAAAUAUUACGAUCCACAAAAUAUUGAUCAUGGCAAUCCAAGUUCCCUUAUAUCACAUCUUUCACAAAUGAUUCCAAUGGAAAAUGCUAUACAAAAUUGGAAUUUCAAACAUGCAUAACUUUCUCAAGAAUGUGUCUGUAUUACAAAAUAGGACUUCUAAAACUCCACAAAUGCAAUCGGAAACUUUUAAAUUAUAUCACUCACAAUAAGUGCGCGGCAAUAUCAUCACCAAUGCUUUAGUCUUACUUAACACUGAUCCACGAUCAUUUUAUCAUAACCUUAUCAUUACGUUUGUCGUUUUUCCAUGAUCUGGAAAUUUUUUCGAUUCAUAUAUCUCUUUUAAACAAUUCUCAAGUUUAUUUUGUCAUUUAUUUUAAUAUUAAACAUUAUUUAGUAAGCAUCAUAUUGUAUUUUUGUUUUGUCUUGAUAAAUAAGCAAUUUGCUUUUCAAUCCUUUCCACAGCUCUAAAAUAAAUUAGAUUACUAAACAAGAAACCAAGAUCAGCCUAUAAUAAUAACAAAACAAAUAUAUUCUUGUAGAGAAAUCAAAGUAAAAAACAACAGAAAAAAAUAUAAAUAAAAAAUAAGCAAUGCAUAUAUACAAGCAAAAAAACAACAAAAACA